UUUCUUCAAUCUUGGCCUCAGCCCACGCAAAGCUUGCAAAUUCAGUUGCACUUUGUCGCGAGGCUCGAAUUCCUCUCUUAAUCGAGUCAACACACGCAAAGCUUGCCGGGAACAAAAUGGUCACCGAUGCUUUAAAUUGACAAUCUCGGCACACAAGGAGAUGCCAUCGAACGAAUUUGGAUGUCGUGUCAUUGAGGUCGUCGUUCCUGGUCUACUCGGCUCAUGGCCAGGCCCGGUCUCUCUACCUCCAUUCGAAUCGACAAGGCCCAGCAACAACAAUUCCCGAACCGUCGACUUCCGUCGCUCUCCAACAACAUUCUCCGGAUAGUUCUUCAGCUGGCAGUGGGUCAGGAGAACGUGCAGAUCUGGACCCGAGUCCGUGCUGCUGACCGAGUCCGCUCGCCACUUGCAAUUGUCGAUGAAGUCAAUCGAAGCACGAGAAGGACGCAGUUUUUGACUCCGAGUACGACGACGACGACGACGACGACGGGGAUCAGGAUUAAAAGCCCGGAUUUGAUAUUCGAAUGCGAACGUGAUCAGGCACCAGCAGCUGCAGCGCGUCUACGAGGCGGCCCCGGAUGUCAGAUACUGUCGACGAGGUGCCGAUGGCCUGGCCCGCGGCACGGCGUGACGGGUCUGAACAAGAUGCUUCAGCUCAUGUCGUAAUUCGGUCGUCCGAUCGCUGGCUGCUCGUCCGUGCUUCUGCUCGGCGAGGUGGCCUGAGAGUUUUUGUGCUUUGAUGAGGCGGAUUUGUUUUGGCUCUCGGCUGCGAAAAGAAUGUCGUUCGUGACAGUCAGAGAAGGGGUGGGCGGGGGGAGGGAGGGAGAGGAGGAAGAGGAGGUAAAUUUUUUCGAAAUUCUCACUUUUCUGCUGUUCAUCUCGAGGUUUGCUCUUCAAUUAUUAUGAGGUGAGUGACGUGCGCGGGCGUGAUUUCCUAGUGGGAGGAAUUUUCCAAGAUUUCUUGUGCUCGUACCGUGAGAAUUAUUGUAGCCUUGCAUUUCAAUUUGACUGUCAUGUUGCGUGCUGUGUCGCCUGGCUGCCACCCCUCACCUCAUGCAUGCAUCGGCCCCCACCCCGGAUCCAAACUCGCGUGCAUCAACACGGCCCAGAUCCAUAUCCCAAACCACAUUUAGGUAACGGCGAGAUUCCAUCUCAGCCGAGUGCUCCAAACAGGCAGCAAAUGCUCGAUUACGUCUGGGACCAGCGCAGCUCAUGGGCCUCAGAAGCUUGAGCUCGCAUCUGGAGUGAUUACCGGUUUCAUGUGCGCUAAAAUAGUUUCAUGAGUGAGAGAGAUGCUUAGGAACAGUGCUUAUGCCAGGACCACGACAAUGAUGAUGCCGCUGCAACUCAUCCUACCACCGACAGUGCACUGUCAGGAGAGAGAUAAAUAUCAAUGCAGAUGACAGCCAGAUGAGAUCAAUAGCUGCUCCGACAGUCGGAGUCAGCCUUUCAAUCGUCGCUGCGAUUUGCAUUAGUGGCAAGAUCGAAGGCUACCAAGGCGUUCAGACCAAUGGUUUCCUCAUUUUUCCUCGCCCUCCACAUUGCCCGCACACGCCAUGGGGCCCCUAUAAGGAACCGAGCCAGACAAAGUGUUCCUCAUUCCGUCGACCCCCGCGAGCGAGCGAGCGAGGCACACUGACUUUCCGGCAUUGAGAUCAGCAGCAGCAGCAGCCAGCCGAUCGUGGACACGGUCCGAAUUCUCUUUAGCGCCUGCGCAUGGUCGUGAACCGGAAGAUCUGACGUACACUCCAGGCUUCCUUCUGAUCGAAGGCGAAAACAAUUGUGGGGAACGAAAGGUAAGGUGGAUGUACAAGCAUCUUCUGGGAUGAAUCUCUUUGACCCGUUUCUUCAAGUUGCUUAUACAUUCUCCUUCCCAUUCGUGGCUAUCCGCACGGUCCGUCCCAGAGUGCUCCACAGCGUGCGACCUCGAUCCUCGAUCCUGAUUGGUAUCGAUAGAUUAGGAUUGAAUACGCAACAUCGAGAGUCCUGCAGUCCAUCGGUACUAACUGUGACAGCAGUCGGUCAGCUCUGGACAGCCGUAAUUUAGUCCUACAUAUGUUCUCUUGACGAGCGACCAUUCCCAGGAGUCAGGGCGAUUUCUUGGCACCUGAAGGUUUGGUAGACCAGCUUAGAAGUAGUGACCGAGAAUUCUGAUCUGCAUGUUUGACACACUGCUGGGCUGAGAAGCUCACGAUCGUAGAGCAAUGAGACUUGCCAAAUGUGAUAGGCUCUGACGUUUUGUGUAAGCGAUCGAGUGUUGUGCUUCAUGUAAUCAGAUUGUUUGAAGACGAGACGAGAUAUUGGGCAAACCUCAAGGAAAUUGUCUUUCUGAGAAUUGGAAAGAAAUGCAGGGACGUUCCGGUCGAGAAGUUUCGCAGUACGUCCAGGAAAAACAAUCCCCGAUGGCAAAGUUCGGAUGCAAAGUUCGCGACAACACUCCAAGUCAGCAUAUUGGUUGGUUAGUAGAGCACGAACUCUCAUAUAGGUCUACUUGUACGUUAACUAGAUGAUAUAGAGAACCAGAGACCUUCACCAACAGUACCCUCUGUAAGAUCCACAUGCUUUCCAUGAUUCUAGUUUCAAUGGAAUGGCUGAACUUUGAUCCUGGUGUUAAACUGGAAGAAAGUCUCAUAUUUCAACUCGGCCAUGAGGGUGUCAUUCAUCAGAUGUAUUCCGUACACGAAUCCCUACUACUUGCAGAAUUGCGAGCUCGAUGAGAGUUCGAAACUCAAACUUCAAUUCCGAUUCUAUGAGAUACCUGUCAACUUACUCGUCCUUCCAGUCGGCUGACUCGUUUCAAAGAGCGUCGAGGACUGUUACUCACGAAAUGAAGUCCUUGCACUGCUGGGCUCCCCGUGUUGCGCUGCAUGUUGGGUGCUGUAAUCGCAUAAUACGAAGACAGUGCCAGAAAUUAUCUUCAUUUCUUCACCACUAGAUCGCCUUUGACUCGCUCAACGACACCUUUCCCCAAGAAAUGAGCGCCUGGCUUUGAAAUUCAAUCUCUGAUUAAAGCUAACGGUCACUACUCAGCAGGCAAUGUUCCCUGCUUAUAUUUUAUGGCACUGGCUCGAUCGUUAUAUGGUAGGAACUUUGUACAAAGCAUGUCAUAAAUAUGAAUCUUCUGCGUCGCAGUUUCGAC